UCUCAAGUUCCGCGUCUGGAAGGUGGGUCCCACGCGGGGUCAACAUGAGGAUCGAGAAGUGUUAUUUCUGCUCCGGGCCGAUCUAUCCCGGCCACGGCAUGAUGUUCGUCCGCAACGACUGCAAGGUGUUCCGAUUCUGCAAAUCCAAGUGUCAUAAAAACUUUAAGAAGAAGAGAAACCCACGCAAGGUCAGGUGGACUAAAGCCUUCCGGAAAGCAGCUGGCAAAGAACUCACGGUGGACAAUUCAUUUGAAUUUGAAAAACGUCGAAAUGAGCCUGUGAAAUACCAGCGGGAGCUGUGGAAUAAAACUAUUGAUGCAAUGAAGAGAGUUGAAGAGAUCAAACAGAAGCGCCAGGCUAAAUUUAUAAUGAACAGGUUGAAGAAAAACAAAGAGCUUCAGAAGGUUCAGGACAUCAAAGAGGUCAAGCAGAACAUCCAUCUUAUCCGGGCUCCUCUUGCAGGCAAAGGAAAGCAGCUGGAAGAAAAAAUGGUCCAGCAGUUACAGGAGGACGUGGACAUGGAGGAAGCUUCCUAAUGGUGCUGCCUGCAACCAGCCCUGUGCACACUGAAGUAAAGUGGAGACUCUCGGCCACUAAGUUAUUGAUUAGUUCCAUAAGGUCCCCCAGACAAGGGUGAUUCAUUGUCCUUCCCUGUUAAACAUUGCAGCCUGUAAAAGCUUCCCCUAGUGGGUGUUAGGUCUCAGCUCCGCGUUCUGCUUCACUGUGUUAUACUCUCACAAUCUCACAAACAGGAAAGUUUGUGUGUGGAUGAAGACAUGAACUGUGGCAUAACAUGGUUGAGCCAACCAUCUUCCAGUGUGAGAUUUGAAAUGAUGUGAUAUUUUCCUUGCAUUGGGAUAGUCUGUUUAUUAGGGUUAUUGAAAUGGAGGGCACACAAGGAACUGACUGUUGUUAUGUCUACCUGAGUCUCUUUUGUUUUGUGGUCUAGUAUGUUUUGUAACUUCUUAGAGUUGCACAAUGGCAACAUACAACACAGAUGAAUUAUGUUGGGCCGUCUGACCUGCCUCAGCCAUUCUAGUAGGCAGUUGUGAGGCUGGAGGUAGGCUGGGUUGAUGGACUUUGCCUGAAUGGCAUUGUGCUAUUUUUGCUUUGGAGAAUGAUCAGUUCCAGGUUGUGACAUCUGUCCAAAAGAUUGUCCUCUCCUUCCAGCCCAGCAGUGAUCUAGAAGCAGAACAACCUUGGUGCCUUUCAAAGUUUAGUGUGUUCUUUUCUUUUUUUUGUGGGGGGGUGGGCACAGAAUCUCUUUGUGUAGCUCUGGCUAUCCUGAAACUCACUCUGUAGACCAGGUUGCCUGGAACUCACAAAGAUAAACCUGCUCCUGCCUUCCAAGUUUUGGGAUUAAAGCUGUGCACCAUCAUAUCCAGCAUUUUUUAUUUUUUUAUUUUUUAAAUCUUACAAAAACAACCCAAAAGAAACUGGCUUUUGGAAAGUAGAAAUUAUGGAUAGAAUGUUAACUAUUAUUUGUACAUAAAUAAAGCCCUUUCUAAAGUAAA